GUCUUGACAAGCUGACUCUCUCAACACAUUCACUCAGAAUCUGCGCGUCUUUCUCAGUACUUUGAGCGGGCAACCACAGGGCAAACUCGCUUCUGAUGUGUUUGAAAUUUAAUUGAAUAAUUGUGAAUUUGUUCGGAGUAAAGAAUAUUUUCAAGUUUCACGCCAAGCUGCGGAUAAGACACACCGACACUUGAGAAGUUAUUUAUGUUCGUCUAAGACACUUACUUCGUGUAAUAACCAUGACCCCAACAAAGGUACUUUAUCCAUUGCUUUUGGCAUCACCAGUCUUUCUCCUCCAAUGUUUAAUGGUCCACGCGAAACUUCCAGGAGAUAAGACGAAAGUCCGAGCAGGAACGUACCCAGGGAAAAUUGUGGCGUAUCUCACCGAGGACGCCAAGAUCCGAUGUUCUUUAUUCCGACACGGCUUUCCGGAGAGUGGCGGAGAUGAUUUCGCUACGAAUAUUGUAGACGGCUCAGAGUCUGAUGAUACAAAAGUUACAACCACCACCACCCCCACGGAGGUCUUGGAGACGGGGACUGAAGGGACGACGACUACUGCAGACGAAAAACUCAAGAGGCGCAAGAGAAGCGCAGGCUCGGGGGUACACCACGCUUCUGAAGAUACUGCCAAAGUGUACUACCGGCACAUCAUCUUUGACUCAGACAACUCCGAAAACAUCACCAAAGAGACUGUUUCUAUAAUUAGCAUCUUCAACGACGACGUUGUGUAUUCACUGACACUGGCAAGUGGCAGCCCCUUGACCUCUGGGUUCUCCCCCCUCCCCUAUGACGUGACGCUUCAGGGAUGUCUCAGUCCGGACCAGUGCGAAUUCGAAUUGGCAGAAGACGAAAUUGGCUUUCUUCAGAUUACAAUCGCUGCAGUGGACAUCCAUGGAGUGCAGGACUACACGUGUGAGAUUCACUCCUGGCACCCAAGUGGGGAGGAUAUCGAGUACUCAAAAAGUUUUCAGACCGAAGUGGUCCUCCCCACGAUACCAGACAUCGCUAUUUACGAACACCAGAAUGACAACCUCAUCAGUGUUGCCUAUGAACUUCGCAAUUUGACGGCGCCGGCGUACCUUCCGCAUUAGGACACUCAUCUACAGCACUCUAAGCGGGCCGGAGACAGCACAAUGAUGGUGUUAUUUUUUUUUUUAGUUUAACCCCUUCGUUGCUGAGACGUAUCCACCAACAUUAACACAGACAAGAUAAAAAAUGUUCAUUCAAGAGAGACAAUGCCUUACUAUAUUUCCCAUUAGUUAAAUAAAACUGAACUUCACAGUUAUGAUCACAUGUACAUGUCCUUAUACUUCCCCGUAAACUGGUAAACAAAUUAUGGGAAGAGAACCAGUUUUUGGAGAAUGAAAACCAGUACGUCUAUACAGCAGUGAAGAGGUUAACGUGUUGCAUAUAAGGAUUUCAAAAUGCUAAAUUUGUGUGAACGAGUCAGACCUCUGAUGCACCCCUAAAAACUAUAAAUUAUAUAUUUUUUCUUUAUUGUGUUGUUCAUUGGGAUUUCCAAAUUUCUACCUUAGAAGUACAAAGCGCUAUCUACUCAGUACCCAGUUUUGAGAAAUUGUACGUAAAAAAAUAUCGAGUUUCACAACAUGUCGAGCUUUUUCGGAUGCAAUUAAUUGAAUAUCUUGAUUCAGACUCCAAUUAAUCUUUCGAUUUUGAUCAAGCAGAUAGAACAUCUGGUUUCUGAUCUCAUGGUCUUAGUAUCCCAAAACGGCCAAAAAUGUCAAUUAAAACACUGUAAUUCUGAUGUAGCUAAAAGCUAACCUGUUACAAUUUUUUAAAAAGGUGAAGAUGAUAUCUUAGCUUUAACUCGUGUCCGUUUGGUGUGGCCGGUAAACAGGUACGACUGUGUUACAUUGAAAAGGGUGGGGUGAGAGGGUACCUUAAAUUUUGUUUAAAUGUCAAUGAUCUAGUUUGCUCAAAGUUGGACAUCAUCCUAUGUAAGAGUAAGACCACUCAACAUCACACAAACAUUGAAAGUGACAGAAUAUCAGAACAAAAGUAGUCUCGAAUACGAUGAUUAGAAGUUGUGCCAGCAAAUUGGAUCCCUGUUAAAAUGACCCCUCCUUGAAAAACUGCUUAGGGUUAAAAGUGACGUCCAAUACAUACCAUUAUCAUACUUACAAUUUGGAAAAUAUUACGCAAAUUUGGUAAAAGUGAUGGCGGAUUACUUUUGUUUUUCUUCAUGUUUAAAAGACUAUCAUAUACAUUUGCAUACAAAGAGUAAAUUUUGAGUCAAAUAAAACCAUCAUCUUUAAAAGUGAUCCUAAUGGGCACGUAAAUGAUAGGCUGCUCAAGUGGAAUCCAUUUUCGUUUAGUCUGAGGGGCUCCUUUGUGCAAGUUUGGACAUCUCAUAUAGAGUAACUAAAGGAGUGUGAUUCGGACGUCUGGCUAAUAAUUGUGUCCGUGGAUGAGGAGUUGGUACCUCGAGCUCUUGUCGUCAACCUCUUCUUUGCCUGGCCCGUGAAAUAAUUAUCUCGUGCUCCUUGGUUGGACUACGGAUAGAAACAAAUUAUCACCCUCCUCCUCCUCACACAUAACCCAUUUGCCGACCAUCCAUCUCCCUAUUUCCCUAUCCCUCAAGCCCCCACCCCCCCCCUCCCCAAAUUCGGGUGGUUAUUUGGAUGUAGGUUUGACAUGGGGCAAUAACGUAACCAAACUUCUAAAAUGAAACCAAAGCGCACAAUGAAUUUUUAUGCCGAUAUAUACUUAGAUUUAUGACAUGGAAGAAUGCCUUUUUACUCCUACACUACCUCCAUUACUCAUGUCGCGGGUCGGGUAGUGAAGAGGUCAACGUAUGAACAACCUGUGCAUACAGCUGUGAAAAGGGAAACAGGCUAAGAAUAUCAAACAAAUCACGAGACAAAGCUAAGUGGAUCACACAGUGAACUACAUAGAGACGAUCAUAAUGUUUCAAAAACGAAAAAUAUUUUGUAGUGAUUACAUCAUUUUUAUUUCUUUUCACCAAAAAUACAAAUCAUAACAUGCUUUCUAAGUCACACCAUUCAGAUAGCUCGAUACAUUGCAUUCCUCUCUUGUAAUGUUUAUGAAACAAGUAGGAUACUCCCAUUCUUCAAACUUUUUCGACACAAAAUGAUAGUGUACUUGACCCUCCUCUCAUUCGUAACCUUCAAAGCCAUUAAGCAAAAUUUAAUACUUUAAUAGAUUGAAGAGACUUUGAGGACAAAAUUACGGCAAAGUGACAAAUGGGUCUAAUAUAGAACUGAUAGCUUAUUGUUAUUUAAACUGAAAUGCGUAUGGUGUAUUAGAAAACUGUCAAUUCUCCAACUUGAUGAAACUUUUAAAACAUGAAAAUGAUAUAUGAAUGGACAGAUAUUAUGUAAAAUUACUCUCGGAAUUAUCGCUAUUGAGGAUUUUUGCUUCCAUUAUUAUUGUUUUCCCCCUGGUCCAUUCUCUGCUGAAUAAACGUCAGAAUUUUUACGCAGAGAAGCCUUGUUUAUUUUACCGAUGUGGCUGAAAAUUGUAUCAAAUGACAUAGGAAACAAUCUCAGCGUUGGCAAAAAGUUAUGGACCUCUCUGCUCAUUGCAAGAAUAACAUAAUUGAAGACCCGUUUUCCAAAACUCUGCAGGUCAGUUUUGACGAGCGCCUGAUUUCA